GAAAGUUUCAUUCAAAUCAAAAAGGGUUUUAUAGGAGGCUAAUUAAACACAUACCCCUCAUUAACUUGUCAUUUGAAACAGACUUGUAAAUUCCUGUAUUUAGACACAGUAAACAUAGGCUAGAUAAAAGGACAGUUUAAUAUUUACCGUACUGAGGUGAUGUAGAUGGAAUAAAGUCAUUCUAUUGUAAUGUAUUUUAUUCUACUCUAUUGCUGCUAACACACUGUUCUUUAAACAAGUGAUCUAAGCUUGAAAGACUGAUCAUGAAUAGGAGAUGAAAGACUGAUCAUGAAUAGGAGAUCAGCAGUACCGUAUUUUAAAGAACAGCGCGCAUACGCUUUUCAUUUAGCCACACCCUUUGAGCUACAACAUCCUUUCUCUUCCGUAUAAACGGAAGUAAACAGUAACUAAGAAUAAUUUCUACGUUAGCGUUUUUGUUGUUAUUUAGACGUUUAUUAACACCCUGGAAUUCAAAGUAUGACUCAUUUAACUGCACAUGAUCACAUACUUACCCCAUGUAGUCUUUAAUCCGCGUUGGAGACAGGACUUGGUUAAUAUAUGUUAGCUAUCUAGGUAACGCUACCUAGCUGCUAAAUUGGUUAUGGCUGCUAACUGUAUGGUUUUUCACACUCAAAUAGCCUCCAUAAUGGAGGUGUUAGCGAAUGCCGCCGUGGCAGAGGUCUGUAAACUCGUAGACGACGACUAUGCAGUGUUUCGUUUGGAAAUAACUCAAAGCCAGAAAGAAAACAGUGCAUUGCGGAGGAAUCUACAGCUACUUGAACUGAAAUUGUCACGGGAGCGCGCAGAAAGGACAAUGCGAGAGCGCGUCCUUGCCAGUCGUCCAAGAAGUGUCAAGAUCUCCGACCGAUACAGAGGAAUGGCAAGAGGUGAAGGACAUCACACUGGAGGCCACAGGAGUUUUGUGAAGCCAGCGGGACACACUACAUGGAGAGAUGACCAACCAAUCACUGUUGAUGAGGGGAGUGGAACCACAACCCAGCACGUUAUUGUGAUAGAGGAUGCAGAGGCUGCAGGUCCUGGGGUCAAGCAGGAGAGGACUGAAGGAGAGGAGGACCCACGGCACAGCAGAGACAUCCAGACUGGAGCGGCUGGAGCGCCCCCUGAAGCCACGGAGGACCUCAACACCGCUGCCGCCGUGCCCAGGACCCGACGCAGCAUCACGGAGGUCAGUGGAACGGCGAACUCCGUCCUCAAGUCAGAGACAGACACUGAGACUUUAACUGUAACACACAGCCUCUUACACACAGGAUCUGACCACAGAUCAGACCCAGAGAGACUGGGAUUGGGGACACUGGGCUGUCCUCCUGCUCCUGGCUCAGAGUAUUUACCCGUAUUUCACCAGAGCCAGAGGACGGUUCAUUCCCAUGGUGAUGGUGACGCGUUACACUCUGGCAGUGAUGAUCCGUCUUGUUCUUACGCUACAGAGAUGGACCCUGGCAACAUGCCCUUGGGUUUAGAGACACAGAGUGAUCUGUCUAGAGGGGACUGGAACCAGUACAGUAGCAGUGUAUACUCUGAAGGGUGCCUAGAUAAGAAAGGGGCGGUUAUAGUCGUAGAUGAAGUGACUGUGAAAGUGGAGGGUGACUCUCCUCUGACAUGGAAUGCGGACGAGACUCACUUAGGAGAAGGACACUCGCAGGGCAACUCCAAUGACUUCUUAGACUACAGGGAAAGCUUAGAGACAAAUCUAAAUGUCCCGACCCACUCACCUUUACACACGUUCAAGGAUCGCGACCCAGUGUCCACAUCGAUGGGGCCUUCCGAUUCACACGGCCGCGUCCUUUUCGAUCAGGUAUUGGACCCAAACGACAGGGCUAGAGCCCAGGCACAGAGAGGGGGAGACACAUCUGGCAACAAUAAAGAGAAACGGUUCCUCUGCAUGUUCUGUAACAAAGGCUUCAGCUGCCUCCAGAAGGUGGAGAUCCACCAGAGGGUCCACACAGGAGUGAAACCCUUCAGCUGUACCCAGUGUAACAUGCGCUUCACCCAGGCUGGCACCCUGAAGAGGCACCAGAGGGUCCACACAGGGGUGAAACCCUUCAGCUGUACCCAGUGUCACAUGCGCUUCGCUCAGGCUGGUGACCUGAAGAGGCAUCAGAGGGUCCACACAGGGGAGAGGCCGUUUGCCUGUGUGCUCUGCGGGAAGAGGUUCUCAGAGAGGAGAUACCUCAGGAUACACCAGCAGAAAAAACAUUCCACUCUAUAACAUAAAGUAACCAUUCCACUUGAUAGCUUCUGACAUUUAGAUCAAACCCUGCAUGAAAGCUAGACUCAGCGAGAUGACAUAGAUGCACAAAGUAAACCUCAGGAGUAGGUCAAUUUCUACAACAACUAAGAGCGGUGUAGUGCAAGGCCAAGACAUUGUGGGAUAUACAGUGCCUUCACAAAGUAUUCACACCCUUUUACUUUUUCCACAUUUUGUUGUGUUACAGCCUGAAUUUAAAAUGGAUUAAAUUGAGAUUUUGUGUCACCGGCCUACACACAAUACACCAUAAUGACUAAAUUAAAUCUGCUUAACAAAUCAUGUAAUAAGUUGCAUGGAGUCACUCUGUGUGCAAUAAUAGUGUUUAACAUGAUUUUUGAAUGACUACCUCAU